AUGGCUUCUACCCCCAACAGAGAUCGAAAGGGAAAACGACCUGCUGUUCCAGAGGACUACCCAUUCUUCUGUGUAAGGCUUCUCGAGCUCGAUGAUAUCAUAGAAGGGAGGAAGGAACUUUCAGCUGCAGCUGUGAAGAAGUAUGGACAUCAAAUGGGGGAUCACAUAUUCCUCAAAGUUCCAAACUGGGAAGAACCUUGGAAAGUAAAGUUGAGUAAGUCACCAUGUGGUAACCAUAUGUGGUUAGAGGAGGGGUGGAAAGCAUUUACUCAGUUUUACUUGCUUGAAGAAGGUGAGCUCUUGGUGUUCAACUAUGAUGGCGACCAUUCUCAUUUCCGAGUACGCAUCAUAGGUUGGGAUGAUAUGGAAAUCCACUACCCUAGUCCUGGUAUGUUUUUAGAAAAUGUUCUUAUGCUUCUGUUAAUUUGCAAGAUGUAUGCACACCGGUGUGUAACAGGAAAUGAAGUCAGAGCCGUGAUAAUUUCCUCCGGAUCCUCCGGUGAUGAACAGGAAAAUGAAGCUAGAGUCAUUGCCAUUUCAUCUGGAUCGUCUGGUGAUGAACAUGAGAUUGAAGCUAGAGCAAAAUAA